CCAGAUACACAUACAUACCCUCUGUAACAGGUGGAACCAGCAGCAUGAGAACCUGGAGAAGCUGAACAUGCAAGCCAUCCUUGAUGCUACUGUCAGCCAAGGCGAGCCCAUCCAGGAGCUGCUAGUCACCCAUGGGAAGAUCCCGACACUGGUGGAAGAGCUAAUUGCAGUGGAGAUGUGGAAGCAGAAGGUAUUCCCUGUGCUAUGCAAAGUGGAGGACUUCAAGCCCCAGAACACUUUCCCCAUAUACAUGGUGGUACACCAUGAGGCCUCCAUUAUCAACCUCCUAGAGACUGUGUUCUUCCACAAGGAGGUAUGUGAGUCAGCAGAAGACACCAUCUUGGACCUGGUGGAUUAUUGCCAUCGCAAACUGACACUGCUGGUGGCCCAAACUGGCCGUGGUGGCCCCCAUGAGGAAGAAGGGCCCCAGGAUGGUACCCCUAUGCAGGAGCUGCAGAAGCAGGCAGAACUAAUGGAAUUUGAGAUCUCACUGAAGGCUCUCUCAGUGUUGCGCUACAUCACAGAUUGUGUAGACAGCCUUUCACUGAGCAUCCUGAGCCGCAUGCUCAGCACCCACAACCUACCCUGUCUCCUGGUGGAACUACUGGAACACAGUCCCUGGAGCCGGCGGGAAGGAAGCAAGCUGCAAAGAUUCGAGGGUGGUCAUUGGCAGACAGUAACCCCCCCAGAGCAGCAAAAGCUGAGCAAGUUGGAUGGGCAAGUGUGGAUCGCCCUGUACAACCUGUUGCUAAGCCCCGAGGCCCGGGCCCGCUACUGCCUCACAAGCUUUGCUAAGGGACAGCUACUCAAGCUUCGGGCCUUCCUGACAGACACACUACUUGACCAGUUGCCCAACCUGGCAGACCUGCAAAGUUUUCUGGCCCACCUGGCCCUGGUUGAAACCCAGGCCCCUAAGAAGGAACUGGUAUUGGAACAGAUCCCAGAAAUCUGGGAGCGGCUAGAGCAAGAGAAUAGAGGCAAAUGGCAGGCAAUUGCCAAGCAUCAGCUUCGGCAUGUGUUCAACCCCUCUGAGCAGGACCUUAGGCUACAGGCUCGAAGGUGGGCUGAGACCUACAGACUGGAUGUGCUAGAAGCAGUGGCUCCAGAGAGGCCCCGCUGCGCCUACUGCAAUGCAGAGGCCUCCAAGCGCUGCUCGAGAUGCCAGAAUGAGUGGUAUUGCUGCAGGGAGUGCCAAGUCAAGCACUGGGAGAAGCAUGGGAAGGCUUGUGUCCUGGCAGCCCAGGGUGGCAAAGCUAAGUGAGGGCUGCAGCCGCUGAGGGCCGUCCAAUACAACCCAACCCGAAUGCACCCCUGAACCUCAGGAUCUCUGUCUGGCCUCUACCCCUCUACUGGACCCCAAUCUCCCUGGUGGUGAGCACAGCCAGUCAAGUAGAGCUGCUGAGCUACCCCCACAUCCCACAGAUGAAGGCUCCCCACUUCCUGCCCCACCCAGCAGAUAGGCGGAGGGCGAGGGGAGGAUGCAGUCUCA